AUGGCAUCUGCAACGCCACAGUCGCUCAAAUUGCAGUCAAUCGCCAUGAAACAGGGCGAAGAAACCCCCGAGUCUCUCUGUGAGUCACAGGAUAUUGAAUACCGCUAUCUAGAGCUGGAAACUGCCCUACCCACGCCGUGUAUCACUUUACCUCCCGGCCCGGCGCAAUCACCACCACCAGAAGCGCCAGGUCUGGAGAAAUAUACAUCGCCGUUCUUGUGGCCCAAAUGGCGCAAGUCUAUGAUGACUUAUAUUGCCUGCGCGGUUACUGCGCUGGCGGGUUAUGCCGCUGGUGAGGUCAGUCCUGCGUCCCAGGAACUGACUGAGAUGUGGGGGAUCAGUACCGUCGUAUACAAUCUGAGCAUCACGGUUUUCUGCUGUGGGUUUGCUUUGGCGCCGAUGGUGCUGGCUCCAUUUUCUGAAAUUAAUGGACGUAGGCCGAUCUUCAUUGCUAGUGGGAUCGUCUUUGUCGCUAGUUUGAUCGGCUGUGGAGGCACGCAGUCCUUCGCUGGAUUGCUUGUAGCUCGUUUCUUCCAGGGCGUGGGUGGAUCAACUUUCUCUACCAUGGUCGGCGGUGUAAUUAGCGACAUCUACCACGCUCAAGACCGGAAUACGCCCAUGGCGCUCUUCUCGGCAUCAGCAUUGUUCGGCACCGGUCUGGCACCUUUGAUCUCUGGUGCAAUCGUUACCCGCACCACAUGGCGCUGGAUAUUCUACUCACACGCAAUCGUGUCCGCGGCAUUUGUCAUUCUGAUAUACUUCUUCUUCAAAGAGACUCGCGGCACUGUCCUGCUCAGCCGAAAAGCCACAAAGCUUAAUCAGUACUACGAGCAACUGGAAGUAGCUGGCCACUACGGCGUUAUCCUGACGAGCGAAGAAGCCCCCGAAGAAAAGUGUAUCCGACGAAUCAGAUGGAAGGUCAAGAGCGACGAACAACGUGCCUCGAUUGCAACUAUGGUCCAGAUCUCGCUGUAUCGGCCAUUCCACAUGCUCCUCACCGAACCAGUGGUCUUCUUCUUCUCCCUGUGGGUCUCGUUCAGCUGGGCAGCCCUCUAUCUUCAAUUCAGCUCGAUUCCGCUGGUCUUCCGCACAAACCACAACUUCACGAUCGAGCAAACCGGCGCUGUCUUCACGUCGAUGUGCGUCGGUGUCAUCCUCAUCACAAUCAUCAGUAUCUACCAAGAGCGCAUCGCCAUGCGCUUCGGCAAGUACUCUUCUGAUAUUGAGGGUCGACUGUAUUUCGUUUGUAUCGAGUCGAUUCUUCUACCCAUUGGCUUGUUCUGGUUUGGUUGGUCGUCUUUUCCGUCGGUGCACUGGAUCGUGCCUGCUAUGGCCGUGGGCUGUGCUACUAUGGGCAUCUUUUCGAUUUAUUUGGCCACUUUCAACUAUCUCGCCGAUACUUAUCAUCGGUAUGCGAGCUCUGCGAUUGCGGCGCAGUCUUGCUGCCGAAAUCUACUUGGUGGUGUUUUUCCAUUGGUUACGAAUGCCAUGUUUACUAAUCUUGGUUACCCAGAGGCAUCAAGUCUACUUGGAGGACUUGGUGUUGCUCUGACUCUGGUCCCCUGGGUACUGGCCCUGUAUGGACCUCAAAUUCGAGCCAGGAGCAAGCUCGCAAGUGAGCUCGCACAUUAA